AAGAAAAUAUGUUUAAAAACACAUUUCAGUCGGGAUUUCUCUCCAUUCUUUACAGUAUUGGUAGCAAGCCGUUACAGAUAUGGGACAAGAAAGUAAGGAGCUGUUCCAUAUCCAUGCUACAACCUCAUUCUUCGUUUUUACUAUAUAUGCUACAUUGAACACUUCUCUUUUUUCAUUUUUAGGUGAGGAAUGGGCAUAUCAAGAGAAUAACUGACAACGACAUUCAGUCUCUAGUUUUGGAGGUUGUUGGAACUAACGUCAGGUAUAAGCAGAGACUGUUGAUUUUAAAAGAGAAUUCACCUCUCCCACAUAUCGCAUAAGCUAGCCUAUUUGAAUCAAGAAAGUCACCGUAAAUGCAUAUCAGAAGACCUUUUUAUCCUUUUGUAGUUCACUUUACUUCAUCAAAAUGAAGCGACUUCCUGCUCUGAGCCGUAUGUAUUUUUUAUUUCAGUACGACUUACAUUACCUGUCCCGCUGACCCCAAGAAGACGCUUGGAAUCAAGCUACCUUUCCUGGUGAUGAUCAUAAAAAAUUUGAAAAAAUACUUUACUUUCGAAGUCCAGGUAAUCAGCAAUGAUCUUCCUUACGAUAUAUCAAAUUUUCGAAGUUCCAGAUCUUUUUGUAGUUACUGAAACUCAACCUUACAAUCUACAACUCAUUUGUUGACACUAAGGUCCUAGACGACAAGAACGUCAAGAGGCGAUUUCGCGCGUCAAACUAUCAGUCCACUACACGAGUAAAACCCUUCAUUUGUACUAUGCCGAUGAGACUGGAUGACGGAUGGAAUCAAAUACAGGUGAAUUUUGAAAUAUUUUGUUGGUGCAUGUAGUCGCUAACUGCAUGUAGCGUGACAACGUGUAGAACAAUCUGGUAUUUGAUUCACGUACUGCCAGGAGCCUACAUGUAAAUCUUCGAUUCUUAUAUUAUGAUGGCUUUCGAUGAAUGAAUUUCUUUGAUUUAAAAUGUAGAGGAACACAUCCUACGUGUUGCAGUUUUCAGUGAUAUAUUUUACCGAUGUUGUUGCGCUAGUAUAAAUGUAAAUACAGUACAUGUAAUACUUUGGCAUUUGAUAUAAUGUAAACUGGUAUCUUUCAUUCUUUUUUCCAGUUUAACCUUUCGGAUUUUACAAGACGGGCAUAUGGCACAAACUACAUUGAAACACUUCGUGUACAGGUAUUUUGUAACCAUUGCUAAUUUUUAAAGAGCCUCUGAUUGGCCAAGAUUCUAAACCAUUUUAUACAUCUCAUCUCCUGUGAUGAAAGAUAUUGUUCAUCGUGAAAAAUCAGGAAACUGUUCUCUCAGUGGUUUAUUGUGGUAGGGAUCAGCUGCUAUGAAGUCUGAUUGUAGGCAUCCCCUCUUCAGGAAUCUCAAUUCCUCUGUCCUUAUUGAUGUUAUCAGGGUGAAGUCUUAUGUGAAUACUCUCCUUAACUCUAUGAGAGUACCAGCGGGGCUGUCAUUAAGAGCUGGGGGCCGGGGAUUUCCCCCGGAUACUAUGAAUGUGGUCCCCUGCUACUUUCAUUGGAAAACAGAAGAAAAAUAGAACCAAAAGAAAUCUCAAGCUGUUUGAUUCCCCACCUACUUGUUGUAUUUACCCGGCAACUAGAAAUCUGAGUGACAAUCCUGACCAGUGAGGUUCUCGGUCAAUAAACUUAAUGUUGUCCCAGAUCAGGUAAUGCCCAGGCUUAUUGGCUCGUUCAGAACGGCUGAAGUUUGAGUUUGUGAAAGCUGUAUAUCCCUAUUGUGCGCCUUAAUUCUUUCAUGUGUGCACGUUCUCAUUUUGCCUUUACUUCAUUUACAUACUCCACUCCAUCUUGUUUCCAAGGAUCAACAGCAUCCUUGAUGAAUCAACUCGUGCUAAGUGUGAUGUUAGUGUUUUGUCUGACUUGAAAUCAGAUCAUAUGCCAUGCUGAUGUAGGCAACAACGAAGUGGUUCAGAUAACCCUUUGAUGUAUCAGGGCUGUCAGAAAGUUUUUGAGUAGCAGGCUGAUAAUGAAUAGUAGAUGGCUUUGGAAUGGUCGCACCAAAGGCAGUUCCUUAGGGCUUAGAAUAGGCGUGUAGCGACAUUUUGAAAUUCGAGUCUCAGAAAUCAUGUUUCCAGGGGUUUUCAAGAGGUAUUUUCCACCAGGAAGCCAUUGUUUAGUUGGAAUACACGCAAGACUGGGAACAAUGCUGUCAAAAUGUCCCAGGCAUUCCAUAACAUCGCACGGUUCGAACGUUUCACAGAUCUAAACCUGUUUAAAUAUGCAUUCAAUAUCAUUAAAACAGUUCAUCUGACAGGGCGCGAUAAAAAAUCAGAAACUGUGCGAUAUUUUCAUGGUAGAUUGUGCAAUAAGAUAGGACUAUUAUGCGACAAAUUAUACGAUUUGUUCAGGGCUAAUUAACAUUGUUUUACCAGGUUUCAAAGGAGAUAAAUCACUUUAAUGUUGUUUAACAGGCAAUUUGAAUGUAAAAGAAUAAUAAAACAUCUAUUUUAAAACAAGAUAGUUAAAUUUGUCCAAUUAUCUUGACAUGGAAAAGAAAACAAAUAGAAAGAAAGAAAAAGGACACUUGUUUAAUAUUACAUGACGUGGUUACACCACUGACCAAACUGCUUGUCUCUGAAAUGAACAUGGCUGCCCAGAUACUGCGAUCGAAGGUUUCAGAUGUCUUGCAAGGCUUUCUUUAGUGGCAAAUCACCUUAAAUAACGUUAAGAUUGGGAAAAUGUGUGAUUUAAGUUAGAAUUUAUUGUUUACUUUACUUGAAUUUAGCGUUUUUUUAUGAACUAUGCAAUUUUUCUCAAAUUGUGCUAUUGGAUGCUAUUUGAGGUCAAUUGUGCGAAAUCGCACCAUUGUGUAAUAUCAGAUGGCCUGUUAAAAAAAAGGAUGCUUUACAAUUUUAUUUGAUAGUGCUUAUUUUUUGUUAGCAUUUAUGGUAGAAUGAGAUGAAAGUAGCCAGCUAAGGAUGGCUAACUAGCCAGUGGUUUUGGCUGGCUAUCAGCCCUUAUUGACAGCCUUGAUGUAUGGCAGAACCGUGGUAGAUUUAAUUUUUGGUUGUGGGUUUUUAUCAGAUGCCUCCCUGCUCUUGGAUUUCGUGAUGUUAGCUACAAACAAAUAGGGGUAUCCAUUAGAGACAAGGACGGAGGAUAAAUGCUUCCUUUCCUUGGAGAUAACUCAGUGCUGGCUUACUGAUGGUAUUUUUUGAUCAAUACUAUUGGCCAUUUCGAAGUUGCAUAGGGAACUGGGGCAAGUUUCAAAUUUAAAUUGAUUGAUAAACUGACACCACCAUAUAAAAGGUCAUGGUGAGAUUGGUUGUUUGGCCAAGUUUGGUGCUCUAAAGUUAAAGAGGGAUCAAGUUAUGACUCUUGGAACAUAUUUAAAGAUCCAUGCGAAAGUCUGUAAUUUUAUGACAGUGUCCCGCAAAACCAUAUAAACUCUUAUUUUUUCAUGAUUUCUGUGAUAUUCCUGAAAAUGUGCAAACAUAGUGAUUUUCUAAUUAGUUCCUUCCAAGUAGUAGAUGCAUGACAUAUUUUACAGUUAAACAGAAAAACUGAAAAGUAUUUUAAAGAGUUUAUUCAACUUGAAAAAUGACUGGGUUCUGCAAUCACCUUCAGAGAUGUGGAAACCUUGAAGUAAGGCCAAAUUAAAGCCAUAAAAACUUUCACACGUUCUUUUUGUUGGGAGGAUCAAAAAUUCAUUACUGUAACAGUUAUGGACUGUAUGGUCAUUGAACACAACAAGACUGUUCAAUAUUCUCAUUCAUUAAUUUUUCUCAAUUUUAUACCAAUAAUAUGUGUGAUGUGACCAUGCACCUUAAAAUAAACACUGAAGUUAGUUGCUGUAACAUUUUCUUCAGAUUCAUGCAAACUGCAGGAUCAGACGGGUGUAUUUCUCUGACCGACUUUACUCAGAAGAUGAACUUCCAGCAGAAUUUAAGCUAUACCUACCUGUACAAAAUAAAGCUAAGGUAAGAUUGAUUUUAUAGCCAAAUUUGUUGUAUCGAGCUGCCCGUUUGCAAACUUCAAAUGGAUUUUUCUGUUCCGUCAAUCAUUGAGUGGGGUGGAGUGAAUGCAAAUCACAAUGCAACACUUGCCCAGCGUGUCCUGCAAAAACAAAACUGAGAGUGACUCUAGACUACUCAAGAAUAGCGAAGGAAAUCACAAUGAUAAGUGGAAUUUUUGUCAAGGGCAGGAGGUAAACAUUGCUUUAUUCUUGCAAGAGACAAGAAUAAGAAAGAUCAGAAAAAUCUUCGAAGAGAACUAGUCGAUUAUUGCCCAAAACAGGGUGAUCACAAACAACCAACCUUGAAACACCAAAACAAACAAAUUGAGUUGAAAUGCACCAAUCAGAAGUAAAAAUGUGUUUCCAAAGAGGUCUGCUAAGGUGAUUGACGGAAAACAGGAGAACCCAAAAUUCCUUCGAAGUUUGCAAAACGCGCAACGCAAUACAACGAAUUUGGCUAUAAGUAUAAACAGUGUGAACGUAAUUGCACCAAUGGAAAUGAGAGUUGUAAAGUUAGAAAAAUUACAUGAAUUCAAAACAGCAGUAUUUUAAAAUUUCACCCCAUGACAAUAUGAUCAAUAUCAUUAUUACAUUUGCGUGCUAAAUCUUGGCAAGAAGAUUCCUGUCAAUUUGCCUUUGGCCACUAAGCUAGCCAAUCAUUGUGGUCCAGAGAAAAGUGAUGCCCUAGCAUGACUCAGGUAUUAUUAUUUUGGAAUUCAUGUGUAAAUGUGACUUGGAUGAAUAAUAGUUUUGCAAACAUGUGACUCGAAUUAUUUACUGUUUUGAUAUCAGGCCCAGCUAUCAUUUAGGGCAAUCUAUUUACCAAAAGUGUUUGAAUCUGUUAUUUGGGGGCUGCACAAGUAGUUAAUGAAGUAUCAGUUGUGAUUCAGUGUCAUUUGCUGAAGAGUAAAAAAAUGUUUGUGGUAUAUUGAUUUAACAUAAUUUUCCAGUGGUAUGGUAUUCAGAAAGUAGCGAAGUUUUGAUCCAAACUUUGCUUGUUAGGAGCUGAUAAUUACUAAAAUGAUUUACAUCUAAUCCUUCCCUCAAAUAAUGUGGAAUUUGUGACCUUACGGGAAAUUGAUAGAACCACAGGCAAUAAUUUAAGGAAAUGCGAAAAGAACAUCUUGAAAUCACUCUUUUAAAGUUGAACAUUAAUUUUAUGUAUUCCGGACAUCCAUUGCCUUAUCAGGUUUCAAAUACUCCAUAGAAGUAGUAGCCUGUGUACAGACAUCCCCCCCUCCCUCAGGAAAAAUCGGGAGAAGAGACAUCUGUGAAUCGCCGUUGUUAAUCGUGUUGCGGUAUAGAUUUGCAUAAAUUAUUUUGUUCUUUUGGUGACAGUUGAAAAGAAACAUGUAGGUCGAAAAAUAGCUCUGGCGUCUGUGCACAGGCUAGCUGAACAUCUUCACGCAAUGUCCACCCAAAAAUCCAGAUAUAAGAUCUCUGAUUACAGUCGAGCCAGGUCAAGUGUACCUCGUAAGAUACCAUUAAUGUAUGUAUUAUUCAAAAGUUGAACCGUUGGUAGUUGUAGAUUUCAGAUUCAUCUCUGUGUGCAUUCUUGCAUGCGUAAUGAGCCGUGAAUUCACACGCGAUUCAGUUGCGAAAUCUCUACCAGCUCAGUUUCCCUGAAUUUGAUGUCAAUGUCUUCUAAAAGACAUUUAAUCCAUUCAAAGAUUUUCAAUCUGACCGAAUGCAGAGAAGUUCUCUUAAAAUAUUCACUGCUCAUUACGCAUACAGGAAUACCGAUUUAAAUUUGACACCAGUUACAGGAACGACUAACAGAUUCAUUUUUUCAAAUAAUCAAUUUAUUAAUAGAAUCUUUUUGGGGUAAGCUUGACCUACUUUGGCUGUUAACGUUGGAUUUUGUCUGCCUUCUCUUGUAUUUACAAUACCGACCGGUACAGACAGACGCACCCACAACCGGUGCAGCAAACAUAGGUGGUCUUAACUUUUUCAUGCCUUUUCGAGAGAACCGAAAUACAAAUACCAGUAAACAAAUAUGAAUGUCCACAAAGGCUGAGCUUUUCCCCGGGGAAUCUAUUCUGAGGUUCAUUCACCAAUCACAACACCAGAAAUUAUUUGCAUCAUGGCAUUGACAUUACAACCAAUCAGAGGCUGUCCCCAACAUUCCGGGGAAACAGGAACACGAUUAUCGUUGGCGAUUCACAGACGUCUCCUCUCCCGAUUUUUGCUGAGGGAGGGGGGACGUCUGUGCACAGGCUGUAGAAGUAGUAUUCCUUUGAAAAUAAAAUUUAGAUGAGAGAAGAGCAGUGAUGGUACUGACUAAGAACACUAGUUUUCAAAAGGUGCACAAUUCUGUAACCAAUAGGUCAUUUGCACAAUGGUGUCGUUUUACCACUUCGACCACAAUUCUUUUCGUUUUCCCUUUCAUAUGUAAAUAUGGUAAUCCCAGCAAGGUUUAAAUAACAAAAGCCCAAAUUUGCCCAAUAAAGCAAAGUCCUGAAGGAAUCUGGUCCUUAAUUGUAGUAAGAUGAUGUCAUCAUGCAACAGUUUAUUUUAGAGGAGGAAAUAUGGGGAUAAGCCAUAAUCUGUCAGUGGUAAAAAUGUUUCCAAAGUUUUGGUAAAGAACAAAAUCCAAAUAUCCAAGAUGCUAACAAAAUAAACAAAUAACAAAAAUGUAGUGGAGUGAGAUGUCACUGAUGAUGGUUCCUUUUUCCCUUGCAGCCAUGAAAACAAACAUGUGAAUUGUCAGAGGGGAUUUCUUUCUUAAAGCCAGAAAAUUAAACUUAUUCUUUAUCUUCUUGCUUGUUACAGUCCUUUAAAAAGGAUGGUAAAUUUCAGUGUUUAGCUUCACAAUAUUUUUAAAGCCUUUUUGUGCUUAUAUGUUAGAGAUUUUUUGAACCUUAUUAAAGGUAAAAACAGGAGAUAAAUUUUAUGCUUUGGAUAUAACUCACUUUGAUUCAAAUUGACUACACAAUUUAUGAAAUGUUGGACAUUUUUCUAUCCAACCCUCAUCACUGUAAACAUUGUAUUAUAUCAUAAUUUGUAAAAAGGAUAAAUAAAUAAUAUACCACAAAGUCUUGGCUAAUUUGUUUAAGAAAGGUAUUUAAAAUUAUUUAACCCAUUUACUGUACAGUGACUAUAGUGGAACUAAGGCUCUGUUUACAUGGAGAAAACCUGUCCCUGUUAGGAGGGUCACCCUCCUAGCUGAAUCAACUUUAGCAAGUGUUUAUAUGGGAAAAAGGUGACCCGCUUGCCUGAGCCAACAGUGUUUGUGGAUGCUCUGAUUGUCUUGCCCUGACAAAGUUGAUCCUGCUACAAAGUGUUUAUAUGGAUGUAAAGUUGGCCAAGCUAGAAGGGUGACCCGGCUAGCUGAGUUUUUUCUUUUCUCAACUGAACAGUUUGCCAUAUAUUGUAGGUAAAUGUAUGAAAGUUGGCUCAUGCAGGGUAGCAUCUCUGUUGGACAGGUUUUCUCCACAUAAAGAGGACCUGUCUUUUCGAAUGUUACACCAUUAACACCCAUGGACAUUAUAUUAUCUUACUCAGCUAGAACAGAAGACGAGAUGCAGGAAAGAAAGUUAAUACAGUGUUUCAAAGUUGCAAGUUAAUUUUACUUUCAGAGUUUUCAGGGAUGAUUUAUCCGGAAAUUAUGCCUAAAAUUGUCUCCCUAAGCCACUUGUGACAUCUUCACUUCUAUAACCAUCAAAGAUGAAUUUGAAGCAGAAGAAUUUCUCCUUUUUUUAUCUGAUUAUUACUUUUGAUUCACAGCUGCAUUGGAAAAUAGUAAGAGUAAACUUAAUAAAUUCUGUGCAAGAUGAAGCAUCUAUCUAUAAACCCAAAGGCCACGCUGCUUUUGAAUGACACUAUUUUUUCUUUGCAAGUUCGUUUAGUUGAAAGUUUCUUUGUAUCAAAGUAUUUUCGUCAACGGUUCUUGCAUGAGACCCCAACCCAGCUCACUGCACAUCCGAAAAAUGUCACUUUUAGUAAAACAAAGCAUGAAUUUCCACAUGACAAGUGGCCUGUGUGUUUCAACGAUAAUGCAAAGAACCAUCUCUACUAUCGUACUCUGGCGUCUCUACUAGCUGGUUAUCUUUUAGCCUGAGCCAGGCUCUCAGAUAGUAUAGUGCGGACGUAUUAAAACGAGGAAAGCGACAAUAAGACGCGCGUGACUUGGGAAAGGGGGCGGUGGCGUUUUUCGCAUUUCUUUUUACUGAACGACUUAACCCUAUCUCGGAGCCUGGAACAGGCAAGUUAUCUUUACGCUUGAGGGACACCAACAUGGCGGAUAGCAACCGUUGUCAAGCUAUGGGUCACGUGGAUGAAAACCGAGAAUAUAAAGAAGUGCAUCAGGGCCAAGCCUAUUUUAAAUUCAAGCUUUAUUAUGAAUACUAA